AUGGGAUAUAAUUUCAUUCAAAAUAAUGAUACAAUAUUUACUCUACUUUUUAAUGAAACUUAUUUAACCAUUAAAGAUUGGAAAGGACAACAAGAAUAUUAUUCUCCAUAUACUAAUGAAAAACUUGCAUAUAAUAACAUGAACUUUACUAUAGGAAUUGGAUUAAGUAGAUUAGGUCUAUAUAUUAUGAAUUCUAAAUUACAAAGUCUAAUACAAAUCCAACCUCAAUAUGAUUAUUCAUAUAAUCAUGUUAAACAAUUAUAUAACAAUCAAGUUAUUUCUAAUUAUUUAUUAGAAGAUGGAUUCUUUUAUCCUAAUACUCUUCUUUAUGAAGGAUAUCAAAAAUGUUCAUUAUAUAAUAAUUGUUUAACUGAACAAUUAGAAUGUUAUUCACAAGUUCUUACUGGAAUAUGCCAAACAUUAUCUCCUGGAUUACAUCUCAAAUUUGAAACUGAAAUUAAAACUACUUAUCUUAAUAAUGGAACCUGGGGUGAAAUAUUUCAACAAUCUGACCUUUUAAAUACUUAUAUUAUUAGUUCUAAUAAUCAAGAUCAAUAUAUUGUUUAUAUAUAUCAUAAUAGAAUUGCUAUUCAAGAUAUAAAUAACUAUAUUAGUUGUUCUGGACCAUAUCCUAAUGGAAAUUUAAUUAAUAUUAAAUCAAAUCUUAUUUGGGAAAUUGGUUUUGAUUCUUAUUAUUCAAUUUUCCUUAAUGUAUAUGAUCAAAAUGAUAAUCAAUAUUAUUCUAUUUGUCAACUUAAAGCUGCUAAUCAAAAAAGUCUUAAUCUAAUUGCUAAUACUAAUCCUGAACUUAUAAUUACUAGUACUUUUGGAAUAGAAUCUAUUGAUUACAUUUAUACAAGAGGAUAUAAUCCAUCUAAUACUAAAUUUACUCAAUAUAUUAAUCAUUUCCCAAGAGGUGGAUAUAAAUCAUCAUCUUCUAAUUCAAAUCUAAUUACAUCUUAUUAUUAUCCUUAUUAUGAUCAAUCUAUUAAUGAAUAUAAUCCAUUACAUAAUUAUGGUGAAAAUUAUCCAUUCUUUCCACCUGGUAUUAAACCAGCUCCAAUUAUAGGAAAUUAUCAUACUACACCACCAGGAUAUUAUUAUAAUAAAACUACUAGUCAAUUUGAAAAGAAUCCAGAUCAUCCAAAUCCUAAUGAAUUAAAUCCAUUUCAACCAAAUCAUAUUGUAGAUGGUAUUUCAGAAUGUAAUCUUUAUUUAUUCUCAACUUGUAAUGGUACUUCUGCUAAAAUUAUGCCAAUAGAUUAUAAUUUAAUAUCUAUAGAAGAAUGGACUUUAUUUGUAAUUUUAACUACUGGAAUACCAAAUUAUGAUCAAAACAAUAAUUAUUCUGGAUUUAAUUAUAAAUAUGAAUUUAUUAAAUAUAAUGAUAUUACAAAAGAUGAAGAAAUUAUUCUAUCUUUAUCUCUUACAAAUGAAACAGUUACAUUCAAAAAUCAUUUAAUUGAUAUAGAAAAAACAGUUUCUGCUCCUCAAUGUGGUCCUUAUUGUUCUACUUAUCCAAAAGGAUUCUUUGCUUUUUGGUUAACUUAUGAUAAAAACAAUGAUCUUUAUGAAAUAUCAAUUAAUUCCAACUCAGAACUUUUAAUAACUUUACCUGGAUCUAAACAAAAUAUUAAUAAGAUCAUUACUCAAUCAGGUAUAAAUAGUAAUAAUCCAAGUUAUAAUAUAUGGUAUAUAACAAAUGUUAAAAAAACUCCAAAGUUAAUUUCUACUACUACUACAACUAUUUCUCCAUGGGAUAAAAUACAACAAGAGGUUUGUAAUAUUACAGAAAUAUGGAUACCAUGUAAAGGAUUUAAUGCUACAAUUAAUCCAAAUUUUAAUCUUGGAGAUCUUAUUUCAAUGGAAUUUAUACUUGAAAAAGAAUGUAAUUGUAAUAAUAAGAUUAAUCAUCUUGGAAAUCAAUACUGGUUAGGAUUUGAUUUAAAUGAUGAUUAUAAUAAAAUCUUUUCAAUCUUUAUUAAUGAAAGUUCUAUAAUAAUGUAUGACUGGAAAAGUCAUCAAGAAUAUAUAUCUCCAUUCACAAAUGAAUCACUCUCUUAUGAUCAAAUGAAUCUUGAGAUAUUAAUUGGAUGGAGUAGACUUGGAAUCUUUUUAAUGGACAAAAAUCAUAAUGGAUUAAUUCAUAUACAAAAUUUACCAGAAGAUCAAAUUAAUAAGAUCAAACAAUACUCUGAUGAACAAAAUACUUUGGUAAAAUUUGAACUAAUUAGUAGAGAAUUCUUAUAUCCUAAUGAAAUUUUAUAUCAAGGUUAUCAUACCUGUUCUUUUUAUAAUGAUUGUAAUACUGAAAUAAUGUCUUGUUCAAGUCAAGCUUUAAUAGAUACAUGUAAUAAACCUCGUCCUGGAAUGAGUUGGAUUAUAGAUACUGAAAUUUCUGAAACUAAUGUUAAUAAUGGUACAUGGGGAUCUAAAUUAGAGUUUCCUACUUUAAUUAAUGUAUUCAAGAUUAAUAAUCUCACAGAUAAUAUAUAUUCAAUUUAUAUCUUUAAUAAUAGGAUCUCAAUUCAAGAUGAACAUAAUAAGAUUUCUUGUGAUGGUUAUUAUCCAGGUCUUGUAGAUAUAAAAAUAGGUGAUCAUUUAAAAUGGUCUAUUGGAAUAGAUCAUUCUUAUUUACUUUAUUUAAAUAUACAUGAUAUAAAAAAUGGAAAUAAAAACUAUACUGUUUGUGUUUUACCAAUGGAUAUUUCUUCUGGAACUUUAUCAUCUAUAUAUCCAAAAGGUUAUUCACCUUUAAAAUCCACCUUUAUUCAACAGAUCUCUGGAUUCCCCAAAGGAGGAUAUGAGAAAUCAAAUCCCAUAGGAUUUUAUGAUGCAAAUUAUAACUCAUCUCUUGGAAUAUUUGAACCUGAUAAACUAUAUAAAAAAAUCAAUUCUUUCUUCCCAGUUGGAAUUAAUGCUGCUCCUACUUUUGGAGAUUAUCAAAACACUCCUCCAGGUUAUUUCUAUAAUACAACUUCAAGUUUAUUUGAAACAGAAGAUUUAACUCUUAAAGAUGAAAUUAACCCUUAUCAACCUAGAGAAUUUAUUAAGGGAUUGAAUGAAUGUAAUAUUGAACUUUUAUCAGUUUGUAAUAGUUCAAAUAUUAAUUUUAGAUCUAAUAAUAGUAAUUUAAUAUUUGGAAAAGAUUGGACUUUAUUUGUAAUGAUUAGUACAGGUAUUCCUAUUGGAAAUAAUAUCUUAUCUAAUUUGGAUUUUAAUUACAAAUAUAAUUUCAUAAAUGACAUAAAUGGAGAAGAAGAAGUCAUUCUUUCUCUUACUCUUAGAAAUGAAUCAGUAAUAUUCAAAAAUGAAAAGACUGGAGAUGCUUCGAUUUCAGGAUCUCCCCAAUGUGGUCCAUAUUGUUCAACUUAUCCAAAAGGCUUUUUUACUUUUUGGUUAACUUAUAAUAAUGAAUCUAAAAAAUACCUAAUUUCAGUUAAUUCUAAUAAAGAACAUUUGGUUGAAGUAUCAGGUUACAAAUCAGUAUUUAACAAAAUUAGAGGAGAAUUAGGUAGUAAUAAUGGAAAUGUUUAUUCACUUUGGCAGUUAACAAACAUAGUUGAAGUUCCAGUAUCAAUCUCAACAACAACAACAACAACAACUUCUCCUCCUUGGGACAGUAUUACAUUUGAUAACUGUGAUAUUGAGAUAGGUACUCCUUGUAAAGGAUAUGCAGGAACGAUUCAAAACAAUUUGAAAAUGAGUAAUGUUAUUUGGAUCUCAACAAUAGUACAUAAUGGAAACAUUAUAUUACCCUCAAGUGGAGAAAAAUAUUGGUUUGGAAUUAGUUUGAAUAGUAUCUCUUCUGAUAAUCUUAUGAACUUGUUUUUCAAUGAAACUUUCAUCAUUCUAAUAGAUUAUGUACAAGGAAAACAAUAUUUCUCAAGAUAUACUGAUGAAAUUCUUAUUUAUGAAGGCUUAGAACUAACUUUUGGAUUAGCAUGGAGUAAAUUUGGAGUAUUCUUACUAAAUGAGAAUGGUAAUUCUUUAAUUAGCUUCCAAACCAACCAAGAGUAUGCUAUAUCAAAGAUUAUACCACUUCGUGGAAGUAGAAGACAAGUAUAUCAUUUCCUACUUUCUGGAGGUUUUCUAUUCCCAGGAAAUACUUUGUAUGAAGGAUAUAGUACCUGUUCACUAUAUAAAGAUUGUGAUUCAACAUCUACAGGGUGUUCAGCUCAAACUCUUACUAAUCCUUGUGGUAAACCUCAACCAGGAGUUAGUUGGAUUAUUGAAACAGAGAUUCUGGAUACAAAAGUAAAUAAUGGUACAUGGGGUUCUGAUCUUGAACUCUCAAAUCUUCUUAACAUUUAUUUUGUAAAUAAUGGUGUUGAAGAUGUAUUAGCUAUAUAUUUAUUUGAUAAUAGAUUAGCCUUACAAGAUCUUAAAAAGAAUGUGGUUUGUAAUGGUCCUUACCCUCAAGAUCUUUCUCAAAACUUUGGAAGCAGUAUAAAUUGGACUUUGUCAAUAGAUGAAACUGAAAUGCUUUACCUUAAUAUUAAGCAAAAAGAUGAGAUUUUUUCAGUUUGUGCAAUUUCAUUUGGAAAUCAUCUAAUUCCAAUAGUUUAUAUUUACCCUAGAGGCCAUGCUCCAGCUACUUCGAAUUUCACUCAAAUACUUAAUAGUAUUCCAAUAGGAGGAUUUGAACCAACAUCUAAAAAUUCUAAAUCAGGAUUCUAUAGACCAAUAUUAAACACAACUUCUGGAACAUAUAAUAAUGAACUAUAUAAUUCCACUACACCUUUCUUACCAGUUGGUAUUAAUCCAGUUCCUUAUUAUGGUACAGCAGAAAAUACUCCAAUUGGUUACCAUUAUAAUAGAACCACCAACCAAUUUGUUAGAAAUCCAAAUAAUACAAAUGUAGACGAAUUUAAUCCAUUUAGACCUCCUUAUAUAAUGAAUGGAGUCUUAGAAUGUGAUCUAUUUAUUUUUGAUACUUGUAAUGGAACAUCUGCAAGGAUUAUGCCAGAAAAUACAAUAUUUAAGCAAGGAUGGACGCUAUUUACAUUAAUAAGUACCGGCAUUCCAACUCGUGAUCCAAAUACAAAUAGUCAAGAUCCAAACCUAAGAUUUGAUUUCAUUAACUCAGAAUUAGGAGGAAAUACUGAGGAAACUGUUUUGUCUCUUAAUUUAUUUAAUGAGACAGUAAUUCUUAGAAAUGAAAGAACUGGAGAUUCUUCUAUUGCAGGAUCUCCACAAUGUGGUCCUUUCUGUUCUACUUAUCCAGAUGGAUUCUUUGCAUUUUGGUUAACUUAUGAUCCAGAAAUCAAUGUAUACACAGUUUCUGUGGACUAUAAUAAACAGAAACUUGUUUCUAUUAAUUCAGCAAAUAUGAAAUUUAAUCUAAUUAGACCAUCAUGUGGAAAUUCUCAAACAAACUGUGGUAUUGUUUAUAAUAUCUUCCAACUUACUAAUAAACAAAUUAUUCCAAGAUCCAUUUCUACUACUACUACUACUACUACUGCUAUCCCUUGGUCUAGCCAAGUUCUGGAUGAAUGCAAACUCAUUGUUGAUGUUCCUUGUAGAGGGAUUAAUGGUGUAUCAGUUACUCCAUUUUCUCAAGGAAAUAUUCUGUGGUUCAAUACUACAAUAACAUCUUCUAAAGAUAAGAUUCAUGGAUUAGACUUUUCUUCUCUUCAUUGGUUUGGAUACCAAUUUUUAUUGGAUUCAAAUCCGAUCUUUUCCUUAUUAUUCAAUGAAACUUCCAUAACUUUGACAGAUCAGAUUGCUAAGAUUGAGUAUUCUUCUAGAUAUACCAAUGAAAGUUUAGCAUAUCCAGAAAUGAAUAUAAUCUUUGCUAUUGGAUGGAGUAGAUUAGGUCUAUUUGUCAUCAACUCUAAAAGUGAAGGCCUAAUUCAAAUCAACAGUCUAACAGAUAUAUCCUUCAACAAGGUAUCUCUCUAUGGAUCAGAGGCCACUCCAAGUAAUUUCUUGCUUACUGAUCAAUUUGUAUUCCCUAAACAAAUCCUCUACAAAGGUUAUGAGAGUUGUUCUUUCUUUGAGGAUUGUCCUACAGAGGCUUCCUGUUCUUCUCAAGUAUUGACAGGAAUAUGCAACAAAAAGAAUCCUGGAUCCUAUUACCAAGUAGACACAGUGAUCACAGAGACAUUCCUUACAAACUCUACAUGGGGUUCGAGACUCGAGUUAAGUUCUCUAUUGGCUGAAUUUGUGAUUAAUGAAGGAAACUCACAAGAGGAUCUCUUGUCUAUAUAUAUAUUUGAAAAUAGAUUAGCUAUUCAAGAUCUAAAGCAUAAUGUAGUAUGUUCUGGACCGUAUCCUUCAGAUUCAAUCAUAGAUUAUGGGGAUUCUCUUAGCUGGAGUAUCGGGUUUGAUGAUUCAAACCAGAUGUACUUAAAUGUUCAAAAUUUCAAAGGAAUGGGUAACUUUACUAUCUGUACUUUAAGUACUGGAAUUCAGAAUUCUGAUUUCUUGUACUUAUAUCCACAAGGAUAUGCUCCUGGACCUUCAGUAUUUAAGGAAUUUAAGAUGGGAUUCCCUAAAGGUGGAUUUGAAUCUUCUGUCUCAAAUUCUUCUUUAAAUGGUUACUAUAAACCAUUAUAUAAUACAAGCUCUCAAGAAUAUGAUCCCGAAGCUACCUAUGGUAUAAAUCAUCCCCACUUUCCUCCGGGUAUACAGGCUGCUCCUCUUAAUGGAUCCCUUAUUAAUACCCCUUCUGGAUAUUACUAUAACACAGCUACAGGACUCUUUGAGAAAUAUCCAAACAAUACCAAUAUUGAAAUUAAUCCAUUCCAACCAAAAGAACUUCUUGAGGGACUUCCUGAAUGCAGUUUGCAUAUGUUUGAUAUUUGUAAUUCUACCUCAGUCUUUUUAAAACCUAAAGAUACAUUUUUCAAACAAGGAUGGACUUUGUUUGUGAUGCUUAACAAUGGAAUUCCCUCAAAUGUUUCUGAAAAGUAUGACUUCAACUAUAAGUAUGAGUUUCUCAAUUCCAAGCAAGGAAACAAAGUAGUACUUUCUCUUUAUUAUAACAACGAGACUGUAGUCUUUAGAAACGAAGUUUCUGGUGAAUUUUCUGUUGCUGGAUCUCCUCAAUGUGGUCCUUAUUGUUCAACAUAUCCAAAAGGCUUUUUCACUUUCUGGCUUUCUUACGAUCACUCUUCCAACAAUUACAUUAUCUCUGUGAGCUCCAACCAAAAGUAUCUCCUUCAUCUAGAUGCACAUGGAGCUAUUUUUGAUCAUAUAAAGCCUUGUUGUGAAUCAGAAACUGCAAACUCAUUCUCUCUUUGGCAACUUUCCAAUACUGUAAUUUAUCCUCUUAGAAUGUCCUCCACUACUACCACGCUCCCACCUUGGUUUGAGACAGUUCAUGAUGAAUGCUCACUUUCCUCCAUUGACUCUUCUCAACCGUGUAAAGGACAUAGUGCAACCCUAAUGGAUGGAAAUUUCUCUGAUAGUUACCUCCUUUCUCUGAAUUUCACACUAUCCAAGGUUUUGGUGAACGGAGCAAACAACGUACUUACUCCCAUUAUCCCCACAUCAACUUCCAAAAGGAUGAAUCUAGAUAAUUCUACAAAUGCAACUGAAGAUCUAAAAUACAUAUGGAAUGGUUUUGAAUUCAAAGAUAAGAAUGAUCAAUUAGUACUUUCACUUAAAUUCAAUGAAACAACUAUCACGCUUUAUGAUCACAGAGAAGAUCUUGAAUAUAUUUCUCCAUAUACUAACGAAAGCACAGUUUACUCUGGGAAAUUAGAAAGCCUAUCUCUUGGUUGGAGCAGACUUGGGUUAUUCUUGAUGAAUAGUGAUUUUAACAGCCUAAUAAAAAUCCCAGCAAGAAAUAAUUUUGAGUUCAGUAAAGUCUCAAAAUCACUCCAAGAUAACAUUCCUCUUAAUUUCACGCUCCAAACAAAUUUUAUGUAUCCUAAUGAGAUCUUAUACCAAGGAUACCACUCUUGUUCUCUUUUUAAUGAUUGUCAUUCUAAACCAAUCUCCUGUGAAUCCCAAGUUCUUUCAGAAACAUGUAACAGAAAUCCGAGUAGGCCACAAUGGAUUGUGGAAACUGAGAUCUCAGAUACUCAAGUAAACAACGGUACUUGGGGGCCCAAUUUUGAACUUCCAGGACUACUUCAUGCUUUCAAUAUUAAUAAUGGAAUUGAGGAUAUAGUUUCAGUAUAUAUAUUUGAUCAGAGGAUUGCAAUUCAAAGCCAUCUUGGACACUCUUUCUGUGAUGGAUUAUACCCAGAAUCCAGAUCUUUAAUAAUUGGAGACUCUGUUGUUUGGUCAGUAGCUGUAGAUGAUAAUGAAAUACUUUAUUUAAACGUAAUGAACGAAAAUAAAACUAAAUUCUACUCAGUUUGUACUCUAAAAUACCAUGAAGACUUUAUACAUUUUAAAUACAUCUAUCCUAGAGGCUACUCACCUUCAAGAUCUAUAUUUACUCAAAUUAUUGGAGACUUCCCUAAUGGAGGAUUUGAAAGUUCUAACCCCAGAGACAAUAUUGGAUUCUAUAGGCCUGAGUUAAAUAAUGAGACAGGACUAUAUGAACCAGAAAAAAAAUACAACUUUAGUUUCCCAUUCUUCCCAGUUGGAAUCAUUCCUGCACCAAUUUCUGGAAACUAUCAUAAUACUCCUCCUGGUUAUUACUACAACCAAACUUCUGGUCUCUUUGUUAAGUAUCCAAAUAAUACCUCAGACCAAGUAAAUCCCUACCAAUUCCAAGAGCUUUCUCCUGGUAUAAAAGAAUGUGAUCUAUACAUUCUUUCAAUAUGUAACAGUACUAUUGUUAAUUUGAAACCAACAGGAACACUCUUUCAAUCAGGUUGGACCCUAUUUGCAUCUAUUAAUACUGGAAUCCCAGAAUCUGACCAAAGUUCAUCCGUGUUACCAAAUUCAACCUUACCAUUUGUCUAUAAUAAUGGAGUAACUUCUUUUUCGUCCCAAAAUUCAGCAACAUACAAUUAUGGUUUCCAGUUCAUUAACACAUUCACUAGCAAAAUAGUUCUCUCUAUCAAUUUGUAUGAUGAAUUUACUGAGAUUAAGAAUGAGAUCACGGGAGAAAGAGCCGUCUCAGUUUCUCCUCAAUGUGGUCCUCUAUGUUCAACAUACAAAAAAGGAUACUUUACCUUCUGGAUGAAUUAUGAUGCUUUCAGUGAAGAAAUGACCAUCUCUAUUGACAAGAACAAACAGAUUCUUUUGAGACUAAAAAAUUCUCAGGCUGUCUCAUCCUUUGAUAGAAUCCAACCAUGUUGUAGUAAUUCAGUAAUGAGUUCUUUUAGUUUGUGGCAACUUUCGAAUAUUGCUAAGGUUCCUCAGAUUGAGACUACCACUACAACCACUACUACUAUCCCUCCCUGGCAAGAUAAUAUUCAAGAUGAAUGCUUACUAGAGAAAGAUAUUCCUUGCAAAGGCUUUAAUGCCACACUUAUAGAUCCCAUAUUCAAUCAUGGUAAUGUCCUUUGGCUCAGCUUCAAACUACCUAUUCAGAACUGUAAUGCUCCUUUCAAUUUAAAUGAGAUUUUCUGGUAUGGUUACCUCUUUAGUAACAAGGAUAGACCAGUUCUUUCUAUUUUGUUUAAUGAGACUUUAAUUACUUUAUAUGAUUGGAAGAAUGAUCAAGAAUUUUACUCUCCUUAUAAAGAUGGAAGCCUUGUUUUUCAAGGAAAGAAUCUUAACUUAGGACUUGGAUGGAGCAGACUUGGGUUCUUCUUACUUAAUGAAAACUCUGAAUCUUUGAUAAAUAUUAAAUCCAUGACUGACUUCUCUUUUGAUAAGAUCUCUAACCAUGGUAAAACACCUGAUCCAUCAGUAUUCCUUCUCCAAACAGGCUUCCUUUAUCCUCAACAAGUUCUUUUACAGGGAUAUAAAGACUGUUCUUUCUACAAUGACUGUUUUUCCAAGUCUUUAAGUUGCUCUGGCCAAGUACUUUCUCAAAUAUGCUCUAAUCCUAUUCCAGGGAUGAGUUGGGAAAUUGAAACUGAAAUUACCAAUACACAAGUUAAUAAUGGAACUUGGGGAAGAAGAUUCCAAUCUCCAGAUAUAAUCAAUGUAUUUGUACUCAGUCCUACUGAAGAUUUGAUCUUUUCUAUAAAUUCCAAUUCGAAUGAAAAUAACUAUCAAGAUUAUGGAUACAUUUAUGUACUUAAAGAUAGAGUUGCUUUACAGAGCCAUUAUGGAUCAGUCUGCUCUGGACCACUCCCUGGAGCUAGAAAACUCAAUAUUGGAGACAAGCUUAAACUUUCACUUGGAAUAGACUCAUUAUCUAUGCUUUACUUAAACAUUUUUAAUGAUGAUGAUUCUGAAUAUAACACAGUAUGUAGUAUAGGUGAGAUUGAGAAUGGAUGGAGAUUUAGAUAUAUAUUCCCUAUGGGAAAUUCUCCCCCAAUCUCAAACUUUACUCAAUUUAAACUUGGGUUCCCUGAUGGAGGAUUUAAACCAACAUAUACAGGCCCAGAUUCACUUUAUGAUCCAUCAUUUGAUAAUACAACAGGGACUUAUCAUCCAGAGUUGAAGUAUUUAAAAAGUUAUCCUUACUUCCCAUCAUCAAUAAUUCCAGCUCCUACUGAUGGUAAUGAAACUAAUACUCCUCCUGGGUAUUUCUACAAUAGGACCUCUAGUUUAUUUGAGAAAGAAGGAGGUAUUCAGAAUUCAGAUAUUAAUCCAUAUAGGCCAGAAUAUAUUAAAAACGGAGUAGAUGUAUGUGAUCUUAGCUUAUUCUCAGUCUGCAACUCAACAAAUGUAUACUUAAAACCUGAGAAUACCCUCUUUAACUCAGAUUGGACUUUAAUGGUAAUGAUGAGCACUGGGAAUCCAGAAACUCAGGAAAGCCCUUCAAAUAAUCUUAAACAAAACUACAAAUAUGAAUUCUUUAAUUCAAAUACCAAAUCUCUAAUAUUGUCAAUAACUUACUCGGACCUCUUCGUUAGUUUGACUAAUGAACAAAAUGGAAUCACAGUCUAUUCUUCCUCACCCCAAUGUGGUCCCUUUUGUUCUACAUAUACUAAUGGUUUCUUUACAUUUUGGGUAACUUAUAGUAAAGAGAAGAAUUCUUACACAAUUACCGUUAAUAGAAAUACAGAGAGAUUGCUUUUCCUGAAUGGAAUAGAUAAUUCAUUUAACCAGAUAAUCGGAAAGAGCUUUGGUUCUAAGAAAUCUUACACUCUUUGGUAUCUUGUCAACAUCUCAAUAGAUCCUAUUGGACUUUCUACUACUACUACUACUUCCACUAGUACCACAACUACAAGCACUCCAAAUACAAAUAUUACAAGCACUUCAACGACUACAUUACCUCCUGAUCUCACUGAAGGGUGCAAUUUGAAAAUUGGAACAGCUUGCACUGGAGUAUUUGGAUACUUUGAAAAAACGGAUGAUAGUGUUUGGAAGGAGGGAGUUUAUGUGACAAUCAGUUUCAAAUUCCCUAAGAUUGUUAAAAAAAGAUUUACUUACUAUGUAGACAGCUCACUUAGAACAUUAUCUAGCCAGACAGUAUUUAGUCUAAUUCUGAUUAACAGGGAUUUAAACGUAGGAAGCAUAUUGUUUGAGCCAAAUAAGUUAACAGCAGUUCUGAAUGAGACUUCUAUUUCAACUCAAUAUAGUAAUGGAAGAAUAUUUAAUGAAGGAGAUGAUAUGGAGAUAACUCUUCUGAAAAUUAAUGGACUUUUCUAUAUUAUGGAUUCAAAUGGAUUUGCUCUGAUUGAGUAUCCAAAUUUACUACUUUCCGAGGAUGAAAUAAAUUCAAAGCUUAAUUAUACUUUCACUGAAAUAUACCCCUCAACUCCAGUUAGGUUAAUCUUCUCAGUUCAAAACUAUCAAGGAUAUCCAUUUGUUCUUUUAAAUGGAUACUUACAUUCCAGCUUGACAAACUAUUGUGGGGUGGAUCAAACUUCUAUUGUAAAUCAAGCUGUAAAUGGCUUAUGUAAUUAUCCUCAAAAAGGUAUGGAAUGGAAAAUAUACACCAAAGCCACAGACAAUAAGUUAAACAGUGGAUAUUAUGGAGAUUUAUAUGAUAAUGAUGAUUUGAUUUCUGCUUAUAAUAUUAAUAACGGAACUCACAAUACUUUAGGAUUCCUAUUUUAUCGUAAAUUUGCCUUAUUAAUCAACUUAAUUACGAAUGAACAAUGUUCUGGAGUACAUCCAAACUCUGAAGAACUUGGUUUUGGAAAGGACCACGAUUGGAGUAUUGGAUUUAAUGGGAAUUCAAUUUUCUUAAAUGAACACCAAUUUUCGGACUAUUCUAAAAAAUUCACAAUUUGUACCUUGCCUUUAAAUAACAAAAUCCUGCCAUUCAAGUACUUAAUCCCUGUUGGAGAAAAUCCAUAUAGUAAGAUGAAAGUUUCCCAACUUGGAAAAGGAUUCCCUGAGAAUGGUUAUUCCACAACAGAAAAGGAUAAUGAAAUUCCAAUAAACGGAGUUCUGAUGGUUCAAGCGUUGAUUACAAACUUUGAUUAUUUUGUUCAAAAACAAAUAGCUGAUGAGAGAUUCAAAGAAUUUAAAGACCUAUUUAUCUCAUCUAUUAAGACUUCUUUCGGUCCUUAUAAGAGGAACGUAGGUAUUAUAAGUUUGACCCCAAGGAAUGUCCAAGUAUCCAAAGUUGGAAAUAGCGUCUUACAGACUGCAACUGGGGAUAUAUUGGUUACAUUCUAUAUUUACUCUAAUGUAGGACAAAAAAUGGCAGACUUUUCACUGGAAAUAUCCUCCAAGAUCAUUUUCAAUCCGACAAGUAUUUUCGGACAGAUAUUUGAAUGGAAACAACUUAACUUCUUAACCAAAGAUGCUUCCCCUCCUAUUGAAUUAAUCGUUAACAACACAUCCUGUAUGGGAAUAAACAAGGGGAAAACUGCACUGGAAAGCAUAGUUUAUAAGUACGGUUUCUAUUCAGACUUAGUUACUGAGUAUCCUCCAGAAUCUUUAAUUGGAUAUUUCUCAUUUAAUCACAUUGUUCCAAAUGUUCCUACUUUUAAUGACCAUAAAGAGUUUGUUCUUUCCUUCAAGAAGGCACUUGGUGAAUUACUUGGGAUUGAUUAUAAACUUAUUGGAGUCAUUGCAGUUGGUGAUACUCCUGUUGAGAAUGGAGUACUAGGAUAUGGAGUAAUUAAGUUCUACAUUAGCUCAAAUAGUAUGGAGUUUUCUUCAAUUAUACUAGAACAGCUUUCUCUUAGACUUUCAAACCCCAAAAAUCCAUUUUCCAAAAAAAUGAGCUGGAAGCAAAUUGAAAUUGGAUACUGUAAUAAACCCAAGUUCUAUAUGUAUUAUCAUAACCGUAUGAACAAUAGGAGAUUUAAACAUUACUUAGAAAGCAAUGGAAACUUGAAUGUUGAAGAUAACCCAUUUUACACUUAUUUAAAAGAUGAUGAUAACUUCAGUGAUCCAUACGAAUACGAUUACAAUGAUAAUUCCGAAACAGACAGUGAUGGAUUGGAUGAAUUCAUCAAUAGUUUUGGACGUCACAAUAAAUAG